ACCUUAAAAUCGUUGUCUUUCGGCCUCUGAACCCCAUGAGGCCAUGACCACACCUCCCCCCAUGUCUUCUUCCUAUAACCUGUCAACCAUGAUAUUGUCAUAUACGAGUCAGUCCAUAUAAUCCAUACCUCCCCUCUCCCUCUGAUGACUUAUCAGGCCCCUUAACCAUUCCCAAGAAUCCAAGUGCAUGAAUGAUUUUUAGCAUUGACAUGGCCUUCCCUCCUCAUGCUUUCUUGUUCCAACCCUACGAUGAUCAUGACCAUCUCCCUUCCCCUACUUCCCUCAAUUCCCUCCCUUCUUUUCCUCCACAACUCUUCCAUUGUGGUGCACCUUUUAUGAUGAAGAGAUCAGUAUCUUUCUCAGGUGUUGAAAAGUCUGAGGGAGUGCAUGGAGAUGAUGAAUUGUCUGAUGAUGGAUCACACCUUGGGGAGAAGAAGAAGAGGCUGAACUUGGAACAAGUGAAGGCACUGGAGAAGAGUUUUGAGUUGGGUAACAAGCUUGAACCUGGAAGAAAAAUGCAGCUGGCUAAGGCUUUGGGGUUACAACCAAGGCAGAUAGCUAUAUGGUUUCAAAACAGAAGGGCUAGGUGGAAAACCAAGCAAUUGGAGAAAGAUUAUGAGGCCUUGAAGAAACAGUUAGAAGCACUCAAAGCUGACACUGAUGCCCUUCAAGCUCAAAACAAGAAACUUAGUGCGGAGUUAUUGUCUUUGAAAACCAAAGAGUCAAACGAAAUCAGCAUCAAGAAAGAAAAUGAGGGUUCUUGGAGCAAUGGAAGCGAUAACAGUUGCGAUGUGAACUUAGAUUUCUCAAGAACAACAAUUAUAACCAGUCCACCGUCUUCACAGUUGAGCAGUAAACACCUCUUCCCUUCAUCCAUCAGGCCAACAAGCAUGACUCAACCUCUCCAAGGCUCAUCAAGACCAGACCUUCAAUGCCUAAAACUUGACCAAGUGGUUCAAGAAGAGAGCUUUUGCCAUAUGUUCAAUGGAGUAGAUGAGCAGCAAGGUUUCUGGCCAUGGACUGAGCAGCAAAAUUUCCAUUGAAUUGAGACUAAUUAUCCAACAAGUACCACAAUGUUGUUAUGCACUUCAGCUUUGGCUUGGCAAGUUAAGAAGAAAAUUUAGGAUUUUUCCUGUCAACUUCAGAUUCUUGUUUUGGCUAUAGACUGGUGUAUAGAAUUGGAUAUAUUUGCUUCACCAUCAUUUGGGCAGAAAACCAAUAUGGAGGUGGUUGGC